CACUCACCUCCUUCGGUUUGAGGCUAAUUAUAAAGUGGGUCCAGCUUCCGCCAGCCCUGGGACAACCAGGAGAGGCAAGGCAGGCGCUCGCAGACCUGCAGUCCAGACCGCGGCCCCGCGACUACACUGACUACCGCGACGUGCAGUAGCUGGGACUCGGCUUCUUGCACCAAGCUGCGCCACCGGAAUAGCGUCAACCCCAUGGCGAGGUUCCUGAGGCUCUGCACCUGGCUGCUGGCACUCAGCCCAGGCCUCCUGACGACUGUACAGGCGGAAUGCAGCCAGGAUUGUGCGACGUGCAGUUACCGCCUGGCACGCCCGGCCGACCUCAACCCGCUGGCUUGCACACUGGAAUGUGAAGGGAAACUGCCUUCUCUCAGAACCUGGGACACCUGCAAAGAGCUGCUGCAGCUGUCCAAGCUGGAGCUUCCUCAGGACGGCACCAGCGCCCUCAGAGAAAGCAGCAGGCAGGAGGAGGGCCAUUUGCUGGCCAAGAAAUAUGGGGGCUUCAUGAAAAGGUAUGGAGGCUUCAUGAAGAAAAUGGAUGAGCUUUAUCCUCUGGAGCCAGAAGAAGAGGCAAACGAAGGUGAAAUCCUUGCCAAGAGAUAUGGGGGCUUCAUGAAGAAGGAUGCAAAGGAGGACAACACCCUGAGCAAUUCCUCAGAUGCCCUGAAAGAGCUGCUGGGAACUGGGGACAACCGAGAGAGCAGCCACCACCAGGAGGUCAGUGAGGUCGAAGAUGUGAGCAAGAGAUACGGGGGCUUCAUGAGAGGCUUAAAGAGAAGCCCCCAACUGGAAGACGAAGCCAAGGAGCUACAGAAGCGGUAUGGGGGCUUCAUGAGAAGAGUGGGUCGCCCAGAGUGGUGGAUGGAUUACCAGAAAAGGUAUGGGGGCUUCCUGAAGCGCUUCUCAGAUCCUCUGCCCUCCAACGAAGAAGGUGAAAGUUACUCAAAAGAAGUUCCUGAAAUGGAGAAAAGAUAUGGAGGAUUUAUGAGGUUUUAAUACCCUUCCCUGUCAGUGACCCCUGGCCCUAGCAAGCCUUUCUCUGUCCCCCAGUGAGAGACUGCCUUGCCAAUCAUGUUUUAUUGCCAUGCAUAGCUUGCAUUAUACAGCUGACUUUGUUGUCUGAAUAACUAACGAUACAACCUGAAAGCUCUCAUUUCAGGUUCUGUGAGCUUUUGAGAGUCUGUAAGUUCAGUACUGGUCUACUGCAGUUGUCUUGUUUUCAUGCUAAAAGAGUUUUUGUCACCUUGUUCUUUAUUUUUGGCAUAGUACCAAUAAAUGCUUACUUAUUUAUGGAUAUAAUAAAACCAU